GCAGCGACGGCGGCGUCGAGCGGCGGCAGCGGGAAGCGCGGCAGCCGACGCGUCGCCUACCAGGACACCAUCACCGAGCUGGCCGAGGGCGCGCCGCAGAAGACGGUGACGGACACGCUGUACCGCAACAAGGAGAGCCUGCAGGCGGCCUUCAGGGUCAUCGACAAGGACCACUCGGGGUACAUCACGGCGGAGGAGUUCGAGGAGGCGCUAACGCUGCUGGGCGAACAGCUGCCGGGCGCCGCCGCCGACCUCUGCCGCUCGCUCGACAUGAACAAGGACGGCGCCGUCGACCUCAACGAGUUCCUCGAGGCCUUCCGCCUGGUGCAGCUGGCGGCCGCCGGCGGCGCCACCGACGCCGACGCCCUCGACGCCGACGACCUGGAGGACGACGCCGCCGACUCGCCGGACGAAUGAGACGCCGCCCCGCCCCCUCGCGGCCGGGUCGCGCGGCUGUGGCGCCGCCUGCGUCGCCGCUGGACGCGGGGGUAGCUUCGAAAUCCACCUCUUGGGCAGUGUCCUGCCAGAGGCUCGUGGUCACGUGGUCCUUCACGAUGCUCUGAGGUCAAUGAAUCAUCAUUGGGUUCCAUGCUACGCAUUGUGCGUGUCGGUUCGUCGGCGCUGGACUCAGGGGUAAUUUUCCCGUCUCGAGAACAUCUCGUCCACGUCGUGAGUAGCCUCCCGUCAGAGGCUUUGUUUACGAGACAGUGCCUGAGGGUGAGUACACAUGGUUCGCCUCAUCAUUCGAUUAGGUGCUCCUGAAUUUUAUGUCUCAGUCUAUUGUGUCGUCGGCGCUGGACUCAGGGGUAGCUUUGAAAUUCACGUCCUGGUUAGUGUCCUACCAGAGGCUUCAUUUUCGAUACAAACCUCGGGCAUCAAUGCAUGAGGUUCGCAUCAUCUUUGGAUUGCCUACGCCUGUGCCAUACGUGUCGGUCUGUGGUUUCGUUGCCGCUUAACGUGUUGGCAACUUUAAUAACCCAUGUCUCGAGCGAUCUCCCGUCCGAGACUUGGCUUGGACAACACCCGGGAUUAAUAUUCUCGAUUCCUUCAUUAUCUGAUAGCUGGCACCCAGUUCCAACUCACAGGAACCACGUAACUGUCUCUGAUUUCGUCAUCAUUUGGCUGUUGAGUUGCUUUAAUUUAUCCACCUCAAGAGCAUUUUCCUGUUGAUAGCAAACUGCACACAACAUUUGGAGGUUGGGACAAAUAAUUGGUUUUCUUAUCAACCCCGCACGGCAACGCCUCACCAUGUAGAGAUUCCACUUAUUUGACAAUUAUUUCUUAACAAUUCUACUCGUACACAGGAGAAAAGACGCUGUAUUGUAAACAAUGCUACAUAACAGAGACAGAGAGGUUUAGUGAAGAAAUGGUUUUAUAACGCUUCUUUUGACAUUAUCGAUGGCUGGUUUGAAAUUCACACUAAAACGAGCAUCUCGAUUUUGUGUAGUUCUCUAAUUUAUUUCUGAAUCUUGAUACGUUCUUCUUGUGCGACGUCUCAGCAGAUAAGUUGAUUUUUCUCUUCCAAUGUUUUUUUUGUUAGAGUGGACUGUUAUAAAGAUAUAACGAACUGGUUUUUGGAAGAGAUUACUGCCUUGUGUCUAUUUAUACUUUUUGUAGAUUUAUGUAAAUGAGUAUAUUGGUGUAUUUGGCUAAUUACAAAUAAUUUGGUGAACAAAGAAGUUGUAGACUUGUCAACUGUGGACGUUUCCUAUCGGAAGUAAGAAACAAGAUAUGAUAACUAUGUCCUCUUCACAUAUGUGCUUCAGUGUGGUGAGUUUAUUUUGACAGCGCAUCUCGUCUGUUGUGGUUUAAUUAUGUGGUCUUGUUUCUCUCUCCGUAUUUUCUCUUUUCCAUUGAAAAACUUGAAACAACCUAUGGAAGAGAAUAAUAUGGGAAAAUAAUGUCAUAAGUUGUGGAAGACCUUUAUCAUAUUUUUUGGUCUGCAAUUGGUUGUAAAGGUUCUAAUAUUUUGAAUUUGAAAUGGUAGUUACCAAAAAGACAAGGGAUUCUUACUGUUGGAAUAAACUGUUAUUUCUUCCGUCGUCUACCGAAAGUAAAGUUUUCUUCCUUUGCCUGUCACCGCUCGUUACACAUGUGUAUGUGUUAAGACGUGUGAAAAAAUCCAUUUGAUCCCGACAGCUCAGGUAGCUGAAAGAGCAUCAUGACACAUCAUUUAAUAGGAUAAUUUAAUUCCAAGAAACAAGACUUUUCGAAUGUUUUCUUUUUGUAUAUUUCAACACCUAUUUAAUUUUGAAAAGUUCAUUGGAUCAAUUGUAAAGGUAUAUAUAAUGAGCUGGAAAACAAAUUUGCUUUUCUCUUCUUCGCGAAUUUUUAAAAAAUGUUGUAUUCAUCCACAACUACAUGUGUGUGCGUGUCAUGUAUGUGCGUAUAUCCUGUAUGGGGGGGAACGGUGCCUGUAUAUCGGUGUGUUUGGUAUGUAUGUGUGAUGGAUGUGUCUUUUUGAAGUUAUUAAGGGACUUCACUUUCUGCUAAAAGGGGAAAUAUAUUCUCGUGUUCAUCGAGAUAUUUCUUUAAUUGAAAAUUUGUAAGAGAGGAAACAUUUUGCAUUUAUUUUCUCGAAACACACACUUUCUAAACAAAUUUACAAUUCUCCCGCUUUUCAUAUGUCUUGUAUAAUGGAAUUUUUAUGAUAAUAUCGGUAAGCUGUAAUUUCAUUACAACAGAAAAUGCUGCCUCACAUGUUUUUUUCAAUAAAUAGAAUUGUAAAUGAGAAAAACAUGUCACCAGAGAGACAUCAGCUUUUUCUUGUGCAAGAUUGUCAUUAUUGGAAUUACCAUGCUACUUAUACGUGAUGUGAGGAAAAACUCAGCACUGAGUAUUUGUAUCAAAAGUAAUUUCAUCGUAAAACAAAUUCUGUAUUAGUCAAAACACUCUUUUAAAGAAGAAGAUUAAGAAGAAGAAUAUUGAAUAAUAGUAUUUUCUCGAAAAAUUGUUUUGACAAAACUACUUUGUAUGUAUCCGCUAUUAUGAAACAUGAACAUUACUGAACCCGAUUACGAUCAUUAAUUUUUGAUAGUGAACGAUGCGUGUUUCUUGUUAAUGAAUUCUUGAGACGUGUCGCUUAAACAUCCUGCAGCAUUUUCCUUGUGUGAUACUUCGGAAAGUAAUAGCUAUUACGCAUUUGCCCUAACAAUGCGAGUGAUGUCUGAUGACCAGACAAAUGUUAUGAGUUUCCAUGAAAUUAUUAACAUUUUCAAACGAACACAAUCAACUAAUAGUCGUAAAGUUUUCGUGAAAGUGUAUCUGAAAAGAAAUCCUGAAAUGUAUCAUUUUUCUCUAAAUCAAUAUUUACAAUUCAACAUAUACUCAACUCACCACAAAUGUAUCUCCUCUUUGCACCUGUGUUUAUCAACACAGACCCGUGUGCACUCUAUGUAACCGUUCCGAUCCUCAGAUCAAGAGACUUUACAUUUCUCACCAUUGACUGUGCUUUCUCCUCUUCUCUAAAUCGGUAUGUAGCUUGUAAAUCCUGUACCUUUUAGACAUUUGGUUGUAUUGUUCACUGAGCGUUUGGAUACUUCCUUGCUAAUUCAAACAACAAAAAAUUGGAGAAAAGGCUGACUAAAAUGAUUGGUUAUGGUAAGGUGUGCACAGAUGUAUGUGUGUUGGUUUCGUGGGUCCAAUAUUUUUCAAUUUUGGUGAUGUACAUAAGAAUCUGUAAUUGACCAGAGCCAAAAUCGUGAAACUAUUUUUUUCUAAAUUUUGUCAUUCACCAUUUAAUUUAUUAAUCUUCAUAUUGUCGAACGCUACUCAGUCAUAUAAUUAUUAAAGCAUAUCAUAUAUUUUUAUUGAUCAUUAGAUGUACUUAUUUAAAUUGGGAUAAAUAUAGUUUUUUGUAGUUACUGUAACAUUAAGGAUUUAUUAAAUAAUUUUGUAGCUUUGAAAUCAAUCAAGUUAUGUUAAAAUUCUUCCAAAUUAAGUAUUUACCGAGUUAAAAAUAUUGAACUAAUGCACUAGAAUGUUGUUUUUUUUGUACUUGCCACACAUAUUGGUAAAGUCUUGAAAGUGUCUAAAUAUCCGUUUUUCGAAAUUAAAGAUUUAGUUGUAAAACAAAUAUUUUAGGAGUUCUACGCGUUUGUAUUAAUUUUUAUGACUAAAUUUUGAAUGUAGAGUCACAAUGGUGUAGUAUCACAGUCAUGAACUAGAACAACGAAGAAUGACCAGUCAGUUUUCACCUGACUGUACGCUCCGAAUCUUCG